CCUCAUAAGCGUGUCGUUGUAGGAGGGAGUUGGUAGAGAGCAAUUGCUUGGACGGCGAGAUCACAGUACAAGUGUAGACGUGUUCUUCUGCUUGCAAUCACAGGUUUCGCAGUAACGCACGCAGAAAGAUCUGUCUUUGUAGUCAACAUCUAAGAACAUGGGAAUCCGCAAGAAAACUAACAAAAAUCCCCCGGUCUUUAGCCACGAGUUUAUCAUCCAGAACCAUGCAGAUAUUGUUUCCUGUGUUGCGAUGGUGUUUCUUCUUGGGCUGAUGUUUGAGGUUACAGCGAAGGUUGCUGUGAUUUUCGUCACUGUCCAGUAUAAUGUCACUAUCACAAGCAACGAGGGACCAGAAGAAACCAAUUUUUUCCAUCAUGGGUUGAAAGACUUGGCCACAGUUUUCUUCUACAUGCUUGUAGCAAUUAUCAUGCAUGCCAUCAUCCAGGAAUAUGUGCUAGAUAAAAUUAACAGGCGGAUGCAUUUUUCCAAAACAAAACACAGCAAGUUUAAUGAGUCUGGACAACUCAGUGCCUUCUACUUGUGUUCUUGUGUCUGGGGAGCAAGCAUACUUGUCUCAGAACAUUUUCUGUCAAAUCCUGCAAGUUUAUGGGAAGACUAUCCUCACACCUUGAUGCUAUUCCAGAUGAAGUUGUUCUACAUCUGUCAGAUGGGAUAUUGGUUACAUGCUUUACCAGAGCUCUAUUUCCAGAAAACCAAAAAAGAAGAUAUUCUCCGCCAGCUUGUUUACAUUAGCCUCUACCUUGUCCAUAUUGGAGGAGCUUAUCUUUUAAACCUGACCCGCCUGGGAUUGGUUUUAUUGGUGCUGCAUUACUUUGUAGAGCUCAUUUUCCAUGUUUCUCGUCUCGUCUACUUCAGCAAUGAGAACAAUCAGGCAGGUUUCACUGUUUGGGCAAUCCUGUUUGUCCUUGGCCGGCUGCUCACACUGUCUCUGUCUGUCCUUGCCAUUGGUUUUGGCCUUGCUGGAUCUGAACAACAGGGCCUGGAUCUCUCUCUUGGAAAUUUCAACGUGCUGAUUGUGAGGAUUACUGUGCUGGUGGCUAUCUGUGUCACACAGGCCUUCAUGAUGUGGAAAUUCAUCAACUUCCAGCUGCGCCGGUGGAGAGAGCAUGCUCAGACACAGUCCAUGAAAAAGAAACCGGUCCCAACUAAAAGCAAGUCGUCCAAAAAAGAAAAUAAAGCAAAUGGAGCAGUGACUUCCAAUGCAGCAGACUCCCCACGAGCAAGAAAAGAGAAAUCAUCAUAACUUGAUGCAACAGAUUCCAUCCCUACUAUUUUCCAUUCCAACUGUAUCCAUUCUAUAGAGGAAAAACAAAGUCAUCUGUAGACAACCAGUUCUGAAUUUUACAAUCCUCAAAACGCAUGUUAAACUAUAAAAGCAGAGAACAAAAAUUAGGUUUGAAAGUGACUAGUCCAAAAAAAUAAAUAAAUGCUGUUUGAAACAUCAAAGCUUUUGGGCCAUGCAAAAGUUGUUACUUGGAUAUUUAAAGUUUUCUUACAUGCCUAAUCCAUAAGUGGUUGCUGGGGAACAUGGCUGUUGCUUAUGUAGAAAUACUAAACCAAAAUUAUUUCACUUUUUUUUUCCCAUAUGUAAGUAUCAAUGUAUUCAUAAAUAUCUAUGAAAAAGAACCUGGUUUCUCUGCAGCUAAAAUGUGUUUUGGCCUUUUACUAAACAUUUCCAUGGAGAUUUGUUUAAUGAAUUUGUUUUAAUGCUUCACCUUGUGUUCAUUGUAUCAUGAAGACCUUGUUAAACGUCUUGCUGGGGAGUAGCAAAUUAACAAUAUUCUGUUACUUCACUAGUAGUCAGGUUGACAGUUGGGUAUGCUUUCUUAGGAAAUAAACAUACAUGUUGGACCUAUCUUGGAUUAUUAGUCCACCGUAAUUUUGUUAAACAGGUUAUACACUUUUCUAAUUCUAUAAUGUUGAGGAAGGGGUCAUAUCCAAUAUCAUUGAAAUCAUUUUUUGACAUUUCAAUGCCCAGUAAUUCAGCUCAGUUCUUUUAAGAUGAGAAAUGUAGUGAAUCUAUUUUACAAUUUUCAAUGAUCAAUCCUGGAACAUAUGUUUUAUCCUUGCUUUAACAUUAUUGUAUCAAACUAUCGCUUGAACAAGAUAUAUUUUUGAAUAAAAGAUAUUUUAUAUUUAUACGAUUUUUGGAGACCACUGUCUUUUUAAAGCUAUAUGCUUGAUAGUGUUGGGGGGGGGAAAGAUAAUCUAAACCGUUAAAUGAUGCUCAUGGUGGUUUCGCCAUGUUUCAUUGUUUUCUGCUGUCAAAUUCUUGUUAUGCUUGUGAACUGCAGUGCAUUGGCCUAAUUAACAUAUUGUAAAACCUGUAACCUUAAAACUUUCCAAGUUGUAUUUUGUAUCCUAUUCUGUAUGUCGUCUUUUUUAAAGAUGUUAAGGAAGAGCUUCAGUAAUGGUAUUCUGUGAGUGCAUUGGGUAUUGAGGAAACACAUGAGCAACAGAAAUGUCUGGAUAUAGUUGUGUUCUGUUCUGAAAUGGGUGGAAGGAUGCAAUACAUGUUAAAAUAGACAAAACAAUAAAAAAAGCAAACUAAAGCAUCAAACUAAUGAGCUGUUCAUUAAACUCUACUUGUGCAUGUGCCUUUUUGUUUUUAUGCUUUUGGUUUGUGCCUCACCUGUUACAAUGCUUGAACGUGAAUAUAAGACAAUAAAAUACAAUUUAAAAGUAAGAACAG